AUGUCUGGUAAGUUGGUAUCUAAAAAGAGAAGAAAUAGCACUGUUGCUGAGCCAGAUAGUAACGGAGAAGCAAGGAAACAGAGAAAGAAGACGAAAAGUGAUGACAAGAGUGAUCCACAGCUAGAAUUCAAAGUUUUGCAGGGAUACAGGGACCUUGAAAGUGAUAUGCAUAAAGGCAGGGCUCACGUGGCGAGGACAGGAGAUAUAGGAGUUGCCAUGGACAAUCUGGAUGCUGUUGAUUCCUUAUUCAAUAAGGUUAUUGGUAUAAAGAACAAUGGAUUAUUUGCUCAUGAUGCUAGAGCAAUGGUUAGUAUAAGUGAACUGGCUCAUAUAUCAGUGAGGAACUUGAAGUUUGAUGAUUCGAGGAGUAUCGUCAAUUUAGAAGACAUAGUAAACUCUUUGAAAAGAUACAUGCUAAAAGAGCAUUUUAAAGUCAAUUAUAUCAUCGAGAAUAGGAAUGAUUUGGCAUUAGGCACGGAUAACCAACCUCUGAUAAACCAGAGAGAGGAGAAUGAUGGGGACGAUGACCAUACAGAUAAUGCGACUUCUUCUUUCAAGGCGACCUCCAUAAGACAUAGUUAUUUACAACAAUUUUCGCACUAUAAUGAAUUUUCCCAGUUUAAUUGGUUUAGAAUGGGUGCUCUUUAUAAUGCUGUAAGUAAAGAUGCUCCCAUUGCUGAUCAUUUAUUGGGGCCUUUUUCCGUUGAAAAGAAGCCCAAAGUAUUGACUCAACGAAGAAGAAAUAACGACCAAAUUGGUGAAAAGAUUACUGCAGAGAAGAUUACUCAGAAUUCUUUGAACUCAACUCAACAAGAGACUACGCCUGAACAGGUAAAAAAAUGUUUUAAAAAACUGUCUAAGAAAAUAGGUCCUGAGGGCUCCAUUAAUCUUUUCAAGUUUAUUAUUGACCCAAAUUCAUUCUCCAGAUCCAUUGAAAACCUCUUUUAUACCAGUUUUUUGAUAAAAGAGGGAAAAUUAUUGAUGGAGGAUGAUGAGGAAGGUUUACCCACAAUCAAGAUAAAACAAAGCAUAAGUCAUACAGAUGUAAGAAGUAGGGAAAUUGAGAAGCAAAGACGACGUGGCGCUCAUCAGAAUCAUAUUAUUUUUCAAAUGGAUAUGUCUACCUGGCGAAAACUAAUUGAAAAAUAUAACAUUACUUCAUCAUUCUUAGACUAA